AUGUCUGACUCGUUCGCUAUCCAAGGAUACAAUCUGUCGAAGCUCUUGAAAAGGUUAGAAGACGCGACUGCUCGUCUGGAAGAUGUGACCUUCUUCCAAGAAGGGUAUGUCCAGACUAAAAUCGAUGCUGCUCUUUCUGAAGGUGCUCAAAGUGAGGAUAAAAAGGUGCCACAACAACCGGACGCAGAGGAGGUGUCAACAACCGCAGAACCAGCCGGAAGUGCGGUGGGCACGAGUGAACCCGGACAAAAAAUUGCAGAAGAGUCUGAACCGAGCAGUAUAUCGGCCUUCCGCGAGUUUUUUGUAACAUAUGUGGAACCUUUGGUUGCCACCUCUGCAAAGAUAGACCCUGUGGUUCAAAGCGCUACGGAGUAUUUUUUGAAGGCGUUCGAGGCGCAGAAGACAUUUCUCAAAGUGGUCGCAGCCUCUAAAAAGCCUGACUUUGGAUCUGACGACUUUGCGUUGUCCCUGCAGCCCUUAAACAAGCAAAUCUUGGCAAUUGGAGACCUCAAGGACGAAAACCGCCAAAGCAAAUAUUUUGCGCAUCUUAAUGCGGUUGCCGAAGGAGUUCCGCUACUAAGUUGGAUUGGUGUCGAAACUCCAACCUCUAUGAUAAGCGACUUCAAAGAUGCAGCACAGUUCUGGACCAACAGAGUGCUCAAAGAUUUCAAAGAAUCUGACCCAGCGAGCCAGGAAUGGGUGAAACAGUUUUUGGGCGUUUUUGAUGGAUUGCGCGACUACGUCAAACAAUAUCAUACCACUGGACCCUCGUGGAACGAUGCAGAGGGACUAGAGUUUUCUGAUGCUCUCAAGAAGCUUGGUAAUGAGGAAGUUCCCGAGGCAAGUAGUCCUUCUGGAACGAUCUCUGGUCCUGCUCCGCCCCCACCCCCUCCACCGGCUCCACCUGCAUCUGUAUUUGAGGCAAGUGAACCCCCUGCUUCGAAAUCUGGUAUUGAUGCAGUAUUUAACGAGCUCAACCAAGGAGAAGCUAUAACGAAAUCUUUGAAAAAGGUGGAUAAGACUCAGCAAACACACAAGAAUCCAGCCUUACGUGAAUCAGUUGCCAUACCAUCAGCCAAAACACCACCACCAAAACCAAAGAAGCCAACUACGUUAAAGACUAAGAAACCAGCCAGGAAGGAAUUGAUCGGAAAUAAAUGGUUCAUCGAAGGAUUUGAGCAAGAAGAAACACCAAUUGUGGUGGACGUUGCCAAAGACGAAUCUGUUUACAUUGGAAAUUGCUCUAAUGUCUUCAUUCAAUUGAAAGGUAAAGUCAAUGCGAUCUCCGUGAGCGAAACUGAACGUUGCAAUAUCGUCCUGGAUAGUAGCAUCUCAGGUUUGGACAUUAUCAAAUCAGUCAAAUUCGCAAUACAAGUGGAACAUUCUCUUCCCCAAAUUAGCAUUGAUAAGAGUGAUGACGGGAUUAUUUAUCUAAGCAAGGAAUCUUUGAACGCAGAAAUUUUCACGUCAUGCUCUACUUCGCUCAACGUCAACCUGCCUAUCGGUGAAGAAGGAGAUUUUGUAGAAUUCCCGGUACCUGAGCAACUCAAGCACAGCUUUGCGGACGGCAAGUUGAAAACUUCUGUAUACGAGCACGCCGGUUGA